GCAUAAUUUUGUUCUAAACGUCUCUAAUUCGUGAAUCUUGAGUCUUUAUAAUGAUAUAUUUAUUCAAGGGAAACACUCGGAGCUCUGAUAAUGUUUCAACACAAGUGCUCAAGGUAUGUCAAACUUAGAAUGCGCGAGUCAAACUGAAAUUAACAUCCAGAUUACUCAACAUGAGGAAUCAGUGACACGAAAUGAACCUCAACUGGCAGGUUAGUGUUUACCUUUUUUUGUAUGUGCGAUAUUUUCUUUAUUUUUUCUUCCCCUACAGGUGCUACAAAACGGAAAAUUCAGCGACGAUGAGAGAUGAGAAGUUGCGGUAAGAAAUUGAUAAUUUUGAAAAACAGCUCAAACCUAAGGAGAACCAAAGAGUAUACUCGAUGAAGCAUAGAAAAAAUAAAAAUUAUCGAAUUGUGUUCUAAAAAUCCUGGAGCAGCAAAAUCGUUGAUACUUCGAGCAAGGUCUAGACGUCCGCGCUUGGAGGAAGAGCAGUCUGAAUUGCUGAAAACUAUUAGUGAUUUAGCUAUGUUUGGUGCAUCAGCUGAGGAACGGAGUCUCUGUGAAAUUGUUCCUAGUGUCCAUAGUCUUUCAGAGCUGCUCACUGAAAAACUUAUCGAGCUGGGAUUUAAUAUUUCUCGAAGCGCCGCUUACAUUCCACUGUUACCUAGACGGGCAGAUACGCGCUAGGCUAAGCGCCACGUAGUGACUGUACCGGUGAAGUUGAGUCGUCCCGAAGCAGACCAUCAUAAAGCGCACCAAGACCAAUACUUUUCUGUAGCUUCCAUAAGGUCACUAGAAACUGUAGCCUCAAUACUUGACCCUGAUUCUAUAUCUUUUUUAUCCCAAGAUGACAAAGCAUGGGUCCCCAUAGGAUUGACAACAGCAAACAAACAGGCGCCUUUGCUAAUGCACGUUGAGUAUAAAGUGUCGUUACCAGAUCACGACUUUAUAAUUGCUGCAAGACAUAAAUUGAUCCCGAGUGUCUAUGCUUUGUGUGAAGUAAAACCGAAUGAGAUGGGGCGGCCAGAAGCCGUCUCAUAUAGUGGACCAACAUAUAUAGCAAUCCGAAGUGGUAAGCACUCGUCUUCGACUGCAAUUAGUCAAGCUGAAGACUUGGACACUCUCUUAACUCUUCAGCCUUUUGGUAAAUUAAUGAAAAACGAAGACGAUAAAAUCAAGCCUGUCCUUAUUAUUUCGAACGAUGGCGGUCCCGAUGAGAACCCGCGAUAUUUGACGCAAUAUUCAUUGGGACUAAUGCCCCCGGCAGAAGUGCUUUUAAUAGAGUAGAGAGACGCAUGGCUCCACUUAGCCGAGAACUAUCAGGUGUUGUUCUUCCCCACGACUCUUUUGAGACACAUCUUGACUCCACGGUAAAACAAUUAAUGAUGAUUUAAAAAAAAGAUAACUUCAAAAAAGCAGAAAUAUGGUCCGCAAUGUGCAUUGAUAGACACAAAGUUAUUGCUAAUUACAUCGACCCAAACGACGACAUUUCUAAUGUUCCAGAUUUUCCAGCUGAAGAAUGGUACACCGAGCAUUUUAGAGAGAGUCAAUAUUUACUUCAGGUUGUAAAAUGCGAUGAUCAGCAGUGCUGCAAUCCACGUCGGAGUUCUUUACAUGAUCUUUUUUUAUUAUCUCCAUAUCCCAUUCAAGUUAAUGGACAUCCGGCGAUUCCGGAUCCUGAACAGCAUGAUGGAAAAACAUUUGCAACAUUCUUCAUUCGCCAUUGCCUACCUAUUCAACCAUUACACACCCUCACAAGCAUGCUUUAUGAUGACCUCUAUUGUCCAAGUUUACGUCACGAUAUAGAAAAGAGAUGCUUCAAUACAUGUGGUAUCUAUUUCGCAUCCAUCAUCAUGCACGAGAUGUGCAAACACUUAAAUUGCGACCACCGUGUAUUGUUUCAAGACCAGCGACUGUGUGCAAGCGACAAAGGUUUGGAGUGGCUCAAUCAGAACGAAGUUGAAGGAGCAGAUGAUUUCAUUGAAAAUUAUUUGAAUAUGUUGGUUCUAGUAGUCACUCUUGGGAGUACACGAGUCUCCAUGGACUGAAUUAGAAUAAUCUCUUAUUAAUUUACGUUGAAGUAUUUAUUAUUUAAUUUCAUCACAGUGAUUUUAAACUAAGGCAAUAUUCUCAAAUCACAAUUGUAUACUAG